UAAGAAGACGAAGAAGAACAUGCGCGAGAAACAUAAAUAAAUAAAUUAAAAUAAAAUCAUUCAUGGGCCGAUGAUCCCCAAGAUCUCAUCCUCCUCCUCUCGCCGCCUCCUCUUUUCUCUUCAACGGAGAUUCUGCCAUGCAUUGGCUGAAGAAGCUGGAGGAAUGCCACCCAAAAUGAGCUCACUUUUUGGAGCUCGCAAAGCUAACACGGUGUACAUGAAAAAAUGGAAGAUUGUGGAUUCGAGAGCUCUUGGGAUAGACCGCAGCGUGGUACCGUCAUCAUCAUUGACUGUCUUGAAAAUUCUGCGGAAUCAUGGUUUUGAUGCCUACUUAGUGGGUGGAUGCGUGAGAGAUUUGCUUCUUAACAAGAUUCCUAAAGACUUUGAUGUUAUCACCACUGCUAAUCUUGACCAGAUCAAGAAGCAAUUCCGUAGAGCAAUUAUCGUUGGACAACGAUUCCCGAUAUGUAGAGUCCAUAUUCAAGGUUCUGUCACCGAGGUGUCUAGUUUCGACACAGUGGCUAAACAGGAUGGGGAAAAAGAAAAACUUGAUUUCUCCGAAGCACCACAAGGCUGUGGAAAAAGAGACUUUAUGCUCUGGAGAAACUCCUCGCAGCGAGACUUCACAAUUAAUAGUUUAUUCUUUGACCCUUACUCAAACAAAAUAUAUGAUUAUGCCAAUGGAAUGUCAGACUUGAGGUCCUUAGAACUACGAACAUUAAUCCCCGCAAAAGUGUCAUUUGAAGAGGAUUGUGCAAGAAUCUUGCGUGGCUUAAGAAUUGCUGCACGUCUAGGCUUGUCAUUUUCAAAGGACACUGAAACUGCAAUUUAUGAUCUUUCUUCGUCCAUUCUGAAGUUGGCCAGGGCCAGAAUAAUGAUGGAGUUGAACUAUAUGCUCUCAUACGGAGCUGCUAAGCCUUCACUUUGUCUGCUUCAGAAAUUCAAUCUCCUGAAAAUUGUACUUCCCAUCCAUGCAGCAUAUCUUGAGCAACAGGCUAGCAAGAAAUCUGAUGAGAAUUCUUUAAUGUUGAUGGAACUAUUCUUCAAUUUGGAUAAAGUAGUUAGCUGUGAUCGUCCAUCUGACUGCAGAUUGUGGGUUGGAUUGUUGGCAUUUCACCUUGCAUUAGUCAAUAACCCUCAAGAUCCUUUUGUUGUUUUGGCUUUUGCGUCUAUCUUCUAUCAUGGAGAUUGGAAAGAAGGUAUUAGAUUUGCAAAAGAAAAUGCUGAAGUCAAAGUUAAUUUUGCACCUGAGCUCUCGAGAUCCUUCACAUUCAAAUCCGACAAACAACUUGUUGAAGAAGUUUCUCAAUUAGCUUCUUUUGUGCAAGAUUCUAUAGAUGUUUUAACCGAUACUGAGAGUCUUUUUGAAUCAAUGUCCAGUUACCCAACUUCCCCAUGCUCUGGUUUGGUAUUUGUAUCAAAGAAGGUAGGGCAAGAUGUUGCGGUACUUUUCGAAUUGCUGGUGAAUCAUAUUGGAUGUUAUGAGAAGCGAAGGGAGAAUUUUGAUGUUGAUUACCACUUGCUUGGAAAGGGUUAUUUGUGGGAGACAAGAUUUGUUCUCGGCAAAGUUAUUCUUGAGACCAUGGGCUGUGCAACUUCCCAAAGAAAGGAAGAGGCUGUCAAGGAGAAGAGCUACCACGAGACCAUGGAUGAAAAUUGCAACACAGAACUUUCUUGUCUGGUGAAGAAGGAACUGCUUGUCAAGGACGGAAAACCGAGCAUUUUAGUAGAUGCUUCUGAAGUAAAACAAGAGUUGGCCAAGAAGCGCAAGUUGAAUGUUGAUAACUGUAUCCUUUCCGAGUGGGAGACAACUCUAGGGAAGGAAUGGAUGACCGGGAGAGAGAUGUGCGAGGAGACAGGUAAGAAGCAACAAAAGGUCGAUGGAACAAAUCAAUUAUACAGGGGUGAGUUGAUUUCGGUGCCAGGAAACUUGUUGGAGAAGACAUGUCAAGUACCAGAUGACGAGCUAAUUGUAAUUGAGAAAAAGAAAGAGGACGCAAAGACAAAGAAGCGCAAGAGUGAGGAUGAGAGGCCUUUGGUGGUGGUAGAGAGGCAGCACUUACUUGAAGAAGAUGAGGGGGUAAAUGAGAAAAAGAAAGGGGAAGUUAAGAAGAAGAAGAAGAAGCACAAGGAUAGUGAGCCGGUGGUAGAGAAGCACCAUAUUCUACGAGAUGAAGAGGUAUUCGAGAAAAAGAAAGAGGAUGGUAAGAAGACGAAGUGCAAGAGUAAGGAUCAGAGACCUUUGACGCUCAAAGAGAAGCACCAUAUUCUACAAGAUGAAGAGGUAAUCGAGAAAAAGAAAGAGAAUGGUAAGAAGAAGCAGAAGCUCAAGAUUAAGGAUCGGAGACCUUUGGCGCUUGAAGAGAAGCACCGUAUUCUACAAGAUGAAGAGGUAAUUGAGAAAAAGAAAGAGGAUGUAGAGAAGAAGAAGCGCAAGAGUAGGGAAGAUCAGGGGUCUUCAUCGAAGCACCAUAAACUACAAGAUGUUAGGGUCAUUGAGAAAAAGGAAGGGGAUGUUCAUGUUAUGAAGAAGUGCAAGAGUAAGGAGGAGAGGCCUGCGAAGGUCGUGGAAGUAGAAAAGACUUGCCAUACAGUAGAAGAACAUAAGGUAGCACAAGAGCGGGAGGCGGUCCGAGUAAUGUCACAGGGCAAGCGCAAAAAAGUAGUGGUAAAAGAAAACGGUAGUAGUAGUCGUACAUUGCUUUCUGAUCUAUUUAGGUGAAGUUAUUUAAUUCCAGUUUACUAAGCUCAGAGGGCAGGGCAAUCCUGUUUUGAAAUAGCAUUACCAUAGAACUGACUACUGAGAAAUGAUAGGUAUGCGAUACAUCGGUGAACCGGACUUCCCUCUCGUCUUCCUUCUAUUUUGGUUAAGAUGGCUAAAUUAUCUUUCUUGUCUAUGCUUGGUAUUUUCAUUAGAUUAUGAGUGUAACAAUAAUAUGUUCCUCUUGAAUUUAAUUUUCAGAGCUUUUUGGUAGUCAUAGCUCAUAGGUAGUAGCAUUUUUGGAGAAGCAUCUAGAGUUAUAUGUAGGUGCUGUUGUAUUCUUAGUAGAAGAAACACGGGCAAAAAAAAAAAAA